GAAUAAUUCCCUUAUCACCUCCUCCACUCCUUUCCAUCGAUCCCUCUCCUCCUCCAAGUCAUCCCAGACAAAAACCCUAAACCAUAAUUUGCUUCACUUAGCUUCCCACUCAUGAAUAACUCUAACCAGACCACCUCCUCACAUGGCCUCACAGCCGAAGAAUUCUCUAAGCUCGAGCCCACUAUUAAAACCUAUCACACAUUCGAGCCGUGCCAUAAAACAUGCACCUCCCUAUUGUCAAUCCAUGUAGAUGCCCCAGCAAGCAUCACAUGGCCCUUUGUACGUGAUUUUGGAAGCCCUCAAAAGUACAAGCACUUCAUCAAAAGUUGUACGGUGGUGUCGGGCAAUGGAGAGGUGGGAAGCAUAAGAGACAUCAUGGUCGUCUCAGGGCUUCCGGCCUCAACGAGCACCGAAAGACUAGAAGUUCUAGACGAUGAGAAUCGCAUUCUGAGCUUCAGGGCCGUCGGGGGAGACCACCGGCUGCAUAAUUAUCGCUCUGUUACGUCAGUCAAUGAGAUGAUCGACAAGGAAGGAAAGGCUUACACAAUUGUUUUGGAGUCCUAUGUUGUGGAAAUACCUGAGGGGAACACUGCCGAGGAUACUAGGAUGUUUGUGGAUACAGUUGUGAAGUUGAACCUUGUUAAGCUUGCAGAUCUGGCUAUGGCUUCUUGGAACAUGAAGGGAUGAUGAUGAUGAUGAUGAUGAACAGUGAUCAUGGCAUGAUGGCCAUGACGAUGGAUGCAAGA